AAUUGGACAAUUUCAUAUCUUUCCAGUUGAUUCUUUGGUUAAGUGAUAAAUGUUGUUUAAUAUUUUGCACGGUUAGCGUUAAAGAAUAUUUUAAUUUGAGUGCGUUUUGCAAAGCUAAGAUAUUUAUAAUAUGUGCGAAAGUUCGUUAAAAUUAGGUAUACAUGAAUGCUCGGAAAUGCAAUAACGCCUAUAGAAGGUCAUCAUUUCGUUUGUAUUUUAAUUGGGUAGGAGCAAACAGUGAUCAGUGGUUCGUACCUAACAUUUGUGACGCAAAUAAUUAAUGCUUUACAGAAGUGCUUCAGUUAGCAAAAUGCAAAUUGAAUUGAAUUGAAUUGAGGUGUAUUUAUUUGUUAUUUUGUUUUCUGGUCCGAAUUUUAGUUCAAGCGAAAUAUGGCAGUGAAACCGGUUUAGUGUCGUGCGGUGCAGGGAAGAUACCUUUUUUUUAUCGACUAAGAAAUCUGCGCUGAUGUUGUAAUAUAUAAAAAUAAUACGAAAUUUAAAUAAAAGUGUGGUAGAGUGAAAGAUUGGAAAGUAACUAAAAAAUAUACAAAAAAAAAAAAAAAUCAGCGAAAUACAGAGUGAUAAAAUAAGACCAGUUUAGUUGCGAAACAAAUCAGCGACUGUAAAAAUAGCAGUCGAGCACUACAAUUAGUGUAGUGUUAGUAGCGAGAUUUGCGUUGUUUCAAUUGUAUAUGCACAUACGUACGCACAUAUCAACAUAUAUAUAGUGUUAAAUAAAUGGUCUUCUCCACAUUGCGCCUGUACCCACUGAAUCAGCAGCCACAUAAACAUUGGGAACUUGGAACUAUGAGUGGAAUAAUUUAAUCAUUGAAAGCAAUUGCAUUUUAUUGUUUGUUCUUUUAUCACUUUACUACUAGUUAACAUUUCUACAUACAUACAUACAUAAUAUAGUAUCUACUGCACUCUUCGUUCUCUUCAUAAAACCUGCUGCGUAUCCGCUAAGCUCAAGGCAAAAUGCCAUCGAUAGCAACAACAUAUUGCAAAUUAUUAUCUCUUCUCAUCGUUCUAUGUGGAGUAAGCGUCGUUUUGUCAGAAGAUUUGCUGGUCAACUUAUCUGAUGGACUGGAGGGCCCAAAUGUUUGUAAAAAACGUGAGAAUUAUCCCGUUGAGGUCACCACCACCGAACUGCAAUCAUAUCAGGAACGCCAAACUGUCUGGUGUCUCAAUGUGCCACCGCGUUGCUCAUCAUAUCAAAUAAAACACCGAACUGUGAAUAAGACGCGUACGCUUAUGAAAACCCGUAUUGUGCGCGCUUGUUGUGAUGGCUACACAGAAAAUCUGAAUGGCGAUGGUUGCGUUCCCGAAUGCAGUAAAAAAUGCGAGCAUGGCAAAUGUAUUGCACCGGAGAAGUGCAAAUGCGAACAAGGCUGGGGUGGCGAGACGUGCGACAUAAAUUGCCCAGCGGGUUAUUGGGGACGCGAUUGCAGCAAACCCUGCGAUUGCAUGAACAAUGCCACAUGCGAUCCGGCCACUGGUGACUGCGAAUGCGCCAAAGGAUAUAUGGGUGAGAAGUGUGGCGAUACAUGCCCGCCAGAUCGCUACGGUGCCAAGUGUAUGGAGGAGUGUCGCUGUGAGAAUGGCGGCAGCUGCCAUCACAUUUCGGGCGAAUGCAAUUGCGCGCCAGGCUUUACGGGACCACUAUGUGAGGAUCUAUGCCCCGACGGCAAACAUGGCAUGCAAUGCAAACAAGAUUGUCGUUGUCAGAAUGGCGGUAAAUGUGAUCCGAAGAGUGGCAAUUGCUUGUGCCCCGAGGGUUGGACGGGCGAUGUUUGCGCCAAUAAGUGUCCGGUUGGCUUCUUUGGCAAGCAGUGUAAAGAACAAUGCGAGUGCUUCAAAGGUGGACCCUGUCAUCACAUAACGGGCAAAUGCGAAUGCCCGCCGGGCUAUUUGGGUGAGCUCUGCUAUGAAGAGUGUCCAUUCAACACUUACGGCGUGAAUUGCACGGAGAAAUGCAAGUGUCAGAAUGACGCAAUUUGUGACAAGGCGACAGGCGCUUGUCAAUGUGCGCCCGGUUGGCGCGGCGAUGACUGCAGCGAACGCAUUUGUGAUUUCGAUAAAUACGGCGAUGAUUGUAACAACACUUGUGAUUGCGAUGCUGUCAAUACGCACCUCUGUCAUCCAGAGUCUGGCAAGUGCUACUGUAAGGAUGGCUGGAGUGGUGCCCAAUGCAAUCGGCCAUGCCCAUUCCUUAAAUACGGACCCAAUUGUGAAUUGAAUUGUGACUGUGAAAAUUUCGCGCGUUGUUCGCCGAUCAAUGGUACCUGCAUAUGCGCACCGGGUUUCCGAGGUGAGAGAUGCGAAGAGCGUUGUGCGGAGGGACGUUAUGGACAGGAUUGCGCUCAAAAAUGCGAUUGUGAGAAUGGCGCCGCUUGCUCACCCGAAACGGGACAAUGUAGUUGUACUGCCGGUUGGAGAAAUAUCAAAUGUGAUCGUCCUUGCGACUUAAACUAUUAUGGUGAAAAUUGUAAAUUCAAGUGUGAUUGCAAAAAUAAUGCAGGUUGUAAUCCGCAAAACGGCACAUGCACUUGUGCACCUGGCUGGACUGGCGAAAAAUGUGAUCAGAAAUGUGAGGCGUUCACGUUUGGCCUCGGAUGUGAAUUGCAAUGCGAAUGCGAUGCCAGCAAUACGAUCGCCUGUGAUUCGGCCACGGGAAAAUGUGUCUGCAAGCAGGGCUGGGGAGGUGUACAUUGCGAAACAAAUUGUCCAACUGGCUAUUAUGGUGAAAAUUGUGAUCAAGUUUGCAGAUGCUUGAAUAACUCUUCCUGCGAUCCAGAUAGUGGGCGCUGCAUUUGCGCUGCUGGUUGGACUGGUGUUGACUGCUCCGAGCCAUGCGCGCAUGGUUUCUUCGGUGUUGGGUGCAGAGAACGUUGCCCGGAGUCGGCGCAAAACAAUACCAGCUGCGACCACAUUACCGGCGAGAUUGUCUGCCGUGCCGGCUACAUUGGUUUGACUUGUAAACACCCCUGCCCGAGCGGUUACUAUGGUCCUGGUUGUAAGAACCAAUGCCAUUGCGAAAAUGGCGGUGAGUGCAAUCAUGUUUCCGGUCAGUGUCUGUGUUUGCCCGGUUGGACUGGCGCCAAUUGCAACAUUUCUUGUCCCGAUGAAUACUACGGACCGAAUUGCGGUCAACAUUGUCGUUGCCAAAACGGUGGCACUUGUCGCAAGAAUGAUGGCUUUUGUGUGUGUCAAGCUGGCUGGAUGGGCACGCGUUGUGAAGAAGUCUGUCCCGAGGGCUUCUACGGCAAACACUGUAUCACGCAAUGCGAGUGUGCAUCACAGAACUUCGUCUGUCACAUUGCAGUCGGUUGUGUGUGUCGCAAGGGAUAUGCGGGGAAAAAUUGUGAUAUGCUUGCGGCUGAGGAGCGCAUACAAGAAGCGAAUGCUGGAUCCAAUAAAUUGGGUAUUAUUUGGGGCUGCUUUAUCUUUCUUAUUCUAUUCGGCUGCAUUAUGAUCGUCAUUUACUAUCGUCGACGCGUUUCUAACUUGAAAACUGAAAUCCAGCACGUGCAGUACAUUAGCGAUACCAGUCAAGGUAUGGGAGAUCGUCACAAUUUCGACAAUCCCGUUUACGGCUAUCAAGACCAACAACAACAGCGUUUACUCAACAAUAUGCGACCGAAAAUCAACAAUUUGGAUCGUAGUGGCAUGUACGCAGACAAUUCAAAUGCUAGCACUGGAUCUGCUUCGUAUUCGGUGAAUUUUUCACACGAUAUGCUGGCCAAGAAUCUAAAUGCCGAUCUCACCAAUCCGAAUGUAUACAAUCCGUACGAAGAUCCUUUGAAAGAGGAGCAUGUCUACGAUGAAAUUAAACAGAAAGAGGGUUGCAACAAUCCUGUCAAAGUGUAUUGCAAGAAACUCUUCCCUGAGGAUGAAUAUGACCACUUGGACUACUCGCGUCCAAGUACAUCGCAGAAGCCGCAUUAUCAUUGCAUGAACGAUACAGUGCUUAACAUAAAUCGCGACGAGGAGAAGCCGAGCAAUUUGAAAGCGAUGAGUCAUCUAUUAGAACCCCGAACUGUAAAUAACAUAGCGGCAGGAGCAUUUGAUGAAGCAGCGGAAGAAGCUGAAACAGCAUCAACGUCAUUGGACGCAUUGGCUAAGUCGUAUCAGUCAGGCGUGGAGGAUGAGACGAACGAGAGCAUUUGUGAUAAUGCAUUGACUGCCUCGCCUAGCUCCAGUCCAAGUCAUGCUAUAUAAAAAUUUCGGGAAUUUUCUAUAGUGCGUGUGUGUGUGUAAAUGCGUUUAGUUGUAACGUAAAAUUUAAAAAAGUCUCUGCCGCGUGAACACUGACAACUGUUGCAUGGAAAAAUUCAGUAAAUAACAAAAAGAAAAAAAAAACAUUUUUCAAAGAGAGAAACAAUUUUUUUUACAGAAGUUUAUUUAAGAUCAUCAUAUCUAUUUUUCUCAAAUCUUUGAGGGCUUUUGUAAUGCUCAAGCAUUCCUUAGCUGAGAAUUAUGGUAGUAUUUUAACAGUAAGAGAAAACUAAUUAUUUUCAUGCUAUAAAAACAAUAUUUUUAGUAGUGGCAAAUUUUAUAUAAAAUUACUAAAAGUUUCAUCUAAAAUGGAGUACUCCUACACUUACUUCUCUCUUAGUGGCACUUUGGCUUAAUUCGAGUGACCGCGGGCGAUCAUAGCAACAGCCCAGUGCUAUAAGCCAUAUGACCGCUACCCAAAGUGUCCGAUUCAUACGCGCAUCUAUUGCUCAUCUUCUCUAUUGAGUCUCAUCUGCUGCUUUGCAUUUCAUGUAUUUUACAAGACCGGCACUUUUCUUAGCCGGCACUUGAUGAAAACGCAUCAGUAGUUGGUGUUCAAUCUGAAAAUCAAUACCUUUGAAAGCAGAUUGUAUUUGUUCACGAUAACAUACAAUAUAAGUUCUAUGUGCCCCAAUAGCCUCGCUGCAAAUGCAGUGGGGCUGCAGCAUAGCUUAUUUUAUAUAUUUUUUGUUUUAUUUCUUUAAAUAUUUAUGUGAUUGUGUAUUAUUUAUUUUGAAACUAUAUACACCAUUAUUAUGCCAAUUUAAUUGUACAUAUAUACGCUCGAAUAAUACUGUAUAUUUUUAUUAUUGCGCGAAAAAAUAAACAACAAUAGCGAGCGAACAAAAUGAUUUUCGAACGCUGUUGAUAUUUUAAUAAA